AGUUUGUGUUUAGCUGUCGCGUCGCUCUUCCAUCACUGCCGAAAUUUAAGUUUCAAUAGUCAACAAUAAAAUGGAUUCAGUCAAUUUUACCAAAGACCUCCCAGCCUGGCUCAACCAAGAACUUUUUGACAAAGCAAUUCAAACCUAUGAGUCCGAUCCACAAGCAAAAGUCACCAGUUUUGACAUCAAAGCAGGAACUGAGCCUGGUAAAAAUUUCGCUAGUGCCGUAUUUCGUGCAUCAAUCAAAUUCACAUCAAAAUAUCAGAAAAAUGAGAAGGAAAUGUCAGUGAUUAUUAAGACACAGCCAGCAGCUAUCGAUUUACCAUACAUGGCUUAUAUGAACGACACGACGCUGUUUGAAAAUGAAAUUGGACUUUUUACAAAUGUUUUGGGACAUGUACAGGAGUUGAUUACGUCUGCUGGGUAUAAAGAUAUUAUGGGACCAAAAUUAAUUUAUCAAACAAUGACUCCAAAGCCAGUCAUAAUACUUGAAGAUGUAUCUGUUAACGGAUUUAAACCUGCAACGGCGACAGUUAAUGAUGAUUUUGAGCUAUCGAAGAGAAUUGUGAAGUAUUUGGCAAAAUAUCAUGCAGCAGCCUUUUAUCUACAUGAUGAGCAGAAGAUCGACGCAUCAAAAUUUAACUCAACUUACUUCCAAUCUGGUGAGACUGGGAAGAUGCUCAGUAUGCAGUCAUAUGAAUAUCUCACCAAAAUGAUGCCUGAAUGGGAGGGAUUCGAGAGAUAUGCGGAACAGUUUAGUCAAUUUAAAGAAAGUUUCUUUGUGAAGAAUAUGAAGACAUACGCACCAGUAUCAGAACAAGGAGCAUGGAAUGUCUUGAAUCAUGGAGACUUUAUGAUGAAGAACUUUAUGUUUAGGUCAAGGGAGGAAGAUGGCAGUGUUGAGGACUUUAUGAUGCUUGACUUCCAAAUUUGUGUCUAUGCAUCUCCAGCAGUUGACCUAAUCUACACUCUAUACAGCUUUGUGCCUGAUAAAGACAGAAUCACCCGAUAUGAUGAACUGCUCGUCACUUACCAUGAACAAUUUGUUGAAGCUCUCAAAAAGUUUGGUUACCUUAAGCAGCCACCAUCAUUGCUUGAUCUUCAAGUUGAGAUGGUGAAAAAUGGAAACUUCUUUGUUCACUUCUUGAUGAUUAUGUAUCCAUUCUUUAUUUUUGACAUGAAGAAUGCAACCGCAGAAGACAUGUCAGAUGGAAUGAAAGGAUUGGGCAUUAAAAUUUACAAUAAUGAAAGAUUUCAGCGAGUUGCUAAGGAGGAAUUGAGAGUUUAUUUGCUGAAGGGGUAUUUAGGGAAUUAGGAAGUUUUAUUUGGGUUUUGGAAACUAGGAUUUAGGCAUAGUUUUGCAGAAUAAUCAAGUUGGAACUCUUGACUUAGACUAUAUCAUAGAUUAAACCAUUUUAAAAUAUUAUUAAUGAUUUUUGAUUAAGUAAAGCAAUUUAGCAUUAUUUGAGUAAUGUUAUGAUAACUUUGGACAUACUUUAAAGCAGUGAUGAGCAACUUUUUUAUGACAUGGCCCACAAUAGUGGGAGGCUAUGAUGGAACCUGCAUGCUUCAUUGCCUUAUAGUUUCCUUAAAAGAACUCAAAACUUUAAAGAUAGGAAGCACUUAAAUUUUUAUUUUGGAGUCUAUCAAGUAAGUGACCCUGAGGGAUAUGAAAGCAUGGGUUUGUGUUUAAACAAGACAAUACAUGCGCUUCCAUAAAAAAAAAUUCCAUUUGAUAAAUCAUAUUCUCCUCUGUACCAGUUCAUACCCAGAAAAUACUAAUUUUAUUUUGAAUUUUAAAGUAAAAUAAAAACUUAAUAUUUACU